UUAAAAUGCCCAAGAUUAAGCAGUCGCUUCAUUGCUGUUUGUAGCAAAAUGAUCCAAAUUUGAACUACAAUUUUUUAGCUUCUCUCUACUCUCAUAAAAAACAACAUUGUUGAUGGCUCCUGCUUCUUCAACAAUUCUUCAAUCGAAGAAAUACGACGUAUUCAUUAGUUUCAGAGGCGCAGAUAUUCGAGAUGGAUUUCUAAGCCAUCUUCAUCAUUCACUGCUUCAAAACCAAGUCAACGCUUUUGUGGAUGACAACCUUCCCAGGGGAAAAGAAAUCACAUCAUCUCUAUUGCAAAUCAUUGCACAAUCAUAUGUUUCAAUCGUCAUCUUCUCCGAGAAUUAUGCAGAUUCUUCAUGGUGUUUAGAUGAGCUUGUCAAAAUACUCGAAUGCCUACAAAACAAGCAGCAGCUCGUCUUGCCAGUCUUUUACCAUGUGGAUCCAAGUCAUGUUCAAGAGCUUACCGGGAGUUAUGGAGAUGCAAUUGAUAAGCAUAACAAAGAAUUCAGUCACUGUUUGGACAAGGUCAGGUAUUGGAGUUCUGCUUUGAUGCAAAUUUCCAGCUUACCAGGCCCGGAUUCACGGAUUAUUAAGCCUGAGUCUAAGCUGAUAACAGAAAUUGUAAGUUAUGUUCUGGAGAAAUUAGAUGAUGCAACUCCAAGUGAUUUUUGCAAUGAUGGCCUAGUUGGAAUUGAUUCACGUAUUAAGGAGGUCCGUUCAUUGCUGUGCCUCGAGUCAAAAGAUAUUCGAGCUAUUGGGAUUUGGGGAAUGGGUGGUAUCGGCAAAUCUACUCUUGUUGAGAAGCUCUUUAAUCAAAUCUGUAACCAAUUCCCACGUCGGUGCUUUGUUGCAAAUGUUAGGGAGAGAUUAGAAAACGCUACCAAGGAUAGUGUACAAAGUGAAAUUCUUUCUGCACUACUAGGAAAAAAGAAUUUAAAUACCGGAAUGCCCAUCAUGUUGAACUCCUAUGUGAGGAGACGGCUCUCCCAAGGAAAAGUUCUUAUUGUUCUUGAUGACGUGAGUGAUUUGGAUCAAAUAGAACGUUUAGUAGGAAGUAACGUUGUGUUUGGUUCAGGCAGUAGAAUCAUUAUAACAAGCAGGGAUAAACAAUUGCUCAAAAAUGUGGGUGCCAUUAUAUAUCAAGUUAAGAAAUUGAACUACUAUGAAGCUCUCCGUCUCUUUAGCUUGCACGCCUUUAAAGAAAAUUCUGUAAAGAAAGAAUACAUGGAGUUGUCACGGAUGGCGAUUAUUUAUGCUCAAGGCAUUCCAUUAGCUCUUAAAGUACUAGGGUCCAAUUUGUUUGGUAAGAGCAUACAAAUAUGGGAAGACGAGUUGGAGAAACUCAAAAGUUGUUCUAAUAAAAAAGUUCAAAAGAUUUUAAGAAUAAGUUAUGACGGACUAGAUAAGAAAGAGAAGGAUAUCUUUCUUGAUAUCGCGUGUUUCUUUAAAGGAUAUGACAAAGACAGUGUGACAAAUAUAUUAAAUGGCUGCGGUUUCUUUGCAAAAUCUGGAAUAAGCCUUCUCAAUGAUAGAUCUCUUGUAACAAUUUCAAGGGACAACAAGUUAGAAAUGCAUGACUUGUUACAGCAAAUGGGGAAAGACAUUGUUUCAGAAGAGAAAGAACUCGGUAGACGUACCAGGUUGUGGAAUCCCAAAGAUGUAUAUAAAGUAUUGGCAAGAGAUAUGGGAACUACGAGAGUUGAAGGCAUCUUAUUAAACAUGUCCCAGAUAAGAUUUCUGGAUUUAAGUUCUACAGCCUUUGCAAAGUUGUGCAGUCUAAGGAUUCUGAAAUUUUAUGAGAAGAAAGAAAACGGAACAAACAAAAUACUCCUUCCUGGAGGCCUUGAAUGUUUUCCGGAUGACUUGAGAUUUCUCCAGUGGGAUCAUUAUCCUUUAAAAUGUUUUCCGUUACAAUUCUGUUUUGACCAUCUUAUUGAACUUUGCAUGCCCAAAAGCCGAAUCAAACAACUUUGGACAGAAGAUCAGACACUUCCAAAUUUAAAGGUUAUCGACCUCCGAGACUGUGUGGACCUUGUCCAUAUUCCUGACCUGUCUACAGUGCCGAAUCUUGAGGUUUUAUAUUUGCAUCAUUGUACAAGUUUGGUUGAGAUUCCAAUUUCAAUCCAGAAUCUAAGCAAGCUGACGCGAUUGAUUCUCUCAAAGUGCAAAAGUCUUUAUAGUUUGCCGAGCUGCCUUCCUUCGAGUAUAAAAGGCCUACAAUUGUAUGGUACUCCAAUAAAGCAAUUACCUUCAUCAAUUGGAUCUCUCUCUCAUCUUAUUCAUCUAGAAAGUCUUCCAUCCAGACAGUUGGAGAGUAUUCCAAGUAGCGUUGGUCAGUUGACAUGUCUCAGAAGAUUCACGUUGGUUGGAUGCUCAAAAUUGGCAAAUCUUCCAGACACCAUUUGCAAUCUGAAAUCACUUACAAAACUUUCUUUGCUGAAUUGUGCGAUUCUAAAUGAAUUGCCAGAAAACCUUGGAAAUUUAGAAUCUUUGGAAGAAUUGAGCACAACAGAUAGCGGUAUAAAAAGGUUGCCAUCUUCCAUCAAUCAGUUGAGGCAAUUGAAGUACUUAAAUUGUUCCGGGUGUAAAGGUUUAGUAUUGCCUCCUUUGACAAAUUUGAGGUGUCUAACAUAUGUAAGUCUAAGUUGUUGUGGUUUCUUAGAAUUUCCCAACAGCCUUUGCUCUCUUAAGUCGUUGGAAAAAUUAGUUUUAGAUGGAAAUGAUUUUGAGAUUAUACCUGCAAGCAUCACACAGCUUUGUAAUUUAAGCGAGUUUAGUGUAGCAAACAGCAGAAGGCUUAAACAAAUACUCGAUCUUCCAUCUUCUUUGGAUAAUCUAUAUGCAAGGAACUGCGUGUCUCUGGUAUCAGCAUCAACUUCAUUCUUAUUAAAAGCAAUGGCAGAGCGGCAUUGGUUAGGCGUUUUAGAUUUUGGCAAUUGCAUUGAAUUAACUGAGGCAUCGUCUGGUAAAAUUAUGGAUGAUGUAUUGACUACACAUCAGGACAAUUAUGGAGUUUUUGCGCUAUAUAUUGCGGGAAGUGAUCUGCUGAGGAGGAUGAGGCAUCAGAAUGAUAGUGGACCUAAUUUGUCGUUCAAUCUGGGGCGACCUGAAUUGAUCGGUCUCUCUUUUUAUGUUGUUGUAGCAUCUAAAGUGUAUCCUCAUCAUGGAUUAUUCGACAUUGGCUGUACAGCAAAUUUUACGGACAACUUUGGACAUAGCUUUGAUGAAACUUUCUUUCUAUAUGGAGAUGAAGGCCGUGAAAUGGAUUUUCAGUCGGACAGUGUAUUCAUUUGGCGUAAUCCAGUCUUUGAUUUUCACUCCAGGCACCAUUUCAGCAACGCUUCUUUACAAUUCUUCCUCAAGUAUUCAAACAAUGAUGCGGUGAUAAGCAAGUGCGGGGUUCAUCCAAUAUUCAACCAAGGCAAAAGGAAGAAAGAUGAAGAUGAAGAUACUGAGGAUGAGGACGAUGAGAUGGAUAUGGAGGAGGAACCUCAUAGUAAGAGAUAUAAAGAGAUCGAAGAAAUGAAUGAGGUCAUCGUAACACUCUCUCAUUGUCUCUUAAAUAAUGAAAAUGAGGAAGAAGAACCUCCGGUUCGAGAAUGGAAGGAGACCCGAGUGUCGAAAUGUCAUGAUGUUAAUGCUUUUCUUGCUGUUCUAUUGAUGGUAAACACAUGUUUAGCUACCUCAACUGGAGCUAAACCUCGGAGGACAGAUAUUAUCUUCACUUUGAUGAUGAUCACUGUCUGUUUGAAGUUGCUUUCCUUUGCGUGUUCUCUAUCUCUUCAUGGAUUUGCUCUCUCUUUAACUCGCCGGUAAGUCCUACUUUUUGGUGGUUCACUGCUACAAUCUUUGUAACCUCAUGAUAAACUCGCGUGUUAGCUAGUUUCUACUGAAAGGUUGCUCGUAAAUCACCGCAUUUUGUACUUCUACUAUUAGUUUAUCACAUUUUAGUUUACUAUGGGUGUGCAAUGAACCGAGACAAAUUCAGUUCGGUUUGAUUUUAUAGUUUUGUUUAAUAUGUCCAGUUUGGAAAGUAAAACAAUUUCUAUUCA